GCCAGUGUGCAGUAAGAGGUAACCUGGCUAGUGGUAGAGGCGCUCCCCAGGUUCUGUGGCUCGCGCUUUGGUACUAGGGACCGAGACGGUUCUGGCGACGGCGACCUCUACGGCGACGGCUGAGAUUCUCGAAAGAGUAGCGGAGGACGGUCCGGAGGAGGGGCUUCUAGUUAACGCAGGUUCUGUCAUAAUGAAUGGAUCCAGUGUGGCGAAUACAGCACCCAAUAUAAAAUCCAAAGAGGACCAGGUGUUAAAUGGGCAUGAUGAGAAGGAAAACCCAUUCGCAGAGUACAUGUGGAUGGAGAAUGAAGAGGAUUUCAAUAGACAGGUGGAGGAGGAGCUGCAGGAGCAAGAAUUCUUGGACCGCUGCUUUCAGGAGAUGCUGGACGAGGAAGACCAAGACUGGUUUAUUCCAUCACGAGACCUGCCUCAGGCCAUGGGACAGUUGCAGCAACAGUUGAAUGGACUGUCAGUCAGUGAUGGUCAUGCUACUGAAGAUAUUUUGAGCAAAAGUAACCUGAAUCCGGACGCCAAGGAAUUUGUACCAGGAGUGAAGUACUGAGCUGACAGAAAGCGUUGAGGAGGACUUGUAUGUCCCCACAUCUGGGGACAGUGCUGCACAAAAAGGCGGAGCUGAAGAGGGGGGUGGGAUGGGCAGGGGGUGCACAGCGGGGAAGGGAGCAGUGGUUUAACUUGGCACUGUGACUACAGUGACUGAUGUGCUCAGUCUUUCUCUACAAGCCUCUCAGUGUUUCUCUUUUGUUCUGCUGACUUUCAUUUGAAGCAAUUUCCUAUUAUUUUUAUUAGUUUUUCGAUUUAGGGAAAUUGCAGUCUUUCCUCAUGCUCUCAUCAGGAAUGUUCUGCUGUGUGUGUUUAAAAGUAUAAGCUGACCAAGAAAAUCUGGGUGUUUAAAAAUGCCCUCCCCACCCUGCUGUCUACUUACCAAGGGCAAUGAACACCUGGAGCACUACAUAUUCAGUCUGUUGAGCUGGAUGGGAAGAGGGACAGUUGGAAGAAACAGGUGUUGUAAACCAGAGUACACAGCUCCCUGACCCCUGGGGGUUUCCUGCAAUGUGCGGGGAUUACCACUGGCCUGCUGAGCCCGUGCCUCCUUGCCUGAACCCCAUUCAAGGAAACACAGGCUUAAAAGUACUGGUUUACCAGUACUUCAGAUGGUUGAUAAACCAACUUUCAUCAGCCAUCUUUUGAUGGCUGAUGAAAGUACAGGAGAGGACUGGGAUGGUGGUGUCACUUGAGUCAUUGACUUACUGUUGACCUACUCUUGAGCCUCUGUUUACGGCUGCCAUCAGACUCAUUAUUUACAAGGUAUAAGAGUUCUAGGGUGGAUUUGCCACCUCGUCUCUCAUGGUGUCCAAUCCCCUGUCUCCUUUCUGCCCCGAACCCUAUUCUGUUUUUAAGAAGAGACUGUUACCAAAGGUGUGUGAGAGGCAUGCAGUGCUGGCCAUCAGCUUCAGUCUGGAGAGAUCAUCCUUGAAUCCUGAUAGUUAUCGUCUUAAAUUUAUUUUGACAGGUUUUUCCUAGCCCUGUGAAGACUUGGUCCACCUGUAUCUUACUUUCCUUAAAAAGGUUUGUGUACAAACCUUUUAUAAGUCCAUGUGAUUUUCAGAACGCUAGCAAGAAGCUCCAUUCACAGUUUGAUGCUUCUCCCCACCUUACAGAAUUCUGCAAAAGAACUCCAGAAAAGCCUAGGAGAGUGAGUCCCGCUUGACCCUGUGACUGUGUGAUGCACCGGGACAGUUUCAGCAGUUAUAAAGGUUUGCUGUUCCCACAUACCCAGCUUUUUGAGUUUUCUAGGUUGAACUUUCUGGGUAUAUUCUUUUCCUGCCCACAGAUCACAGGUGUUUUGGUUAUUGUUGUUGUUGUUGUUGAUACUCAUAAGGAACUAAACUGGGCACCAGGAGAUGCCUUUGUGUGCUGGAGAGGUUGGUGGCAGAGUCAGUUCUGAAAAAGAGCGUGUCUGGUCCUGGCCAUUCUCCUAGGAUGGGCGAGGACUGGCAGGGGCCUGAGGAGAACAGUGGCCCCUCUGUAUGACUGCCACUGUCUUGUAUGACAAGCCUGUCAGGAAAAGAUCAUGGAACUUGAAUAAAGUAAAUUCAGUAUGUGUUUAUGGGACAGAGGUUGGAAGGAAAGGACUAGGGUCUGAAACACUUAAGAAUUUCUCCUUUUUCUUAUGAGGUCCCUUGCUGACUUUUCUAACAGCCACAGGUUAAUGUCAGAUUGAAAAUACGAACCCAUAUUUCCGGAUGGGCUCCUGAAUUCGCAAAGCCUCUACCUUGAGAGAAUGGAACUCUUUUAACUGUGUUCAGGGAGGGCUGCAAAUAAAGAAAUGUCUUAAUUCCAGCUUCAGCUUUCAGCCGGAAUGUUUGCCUCUGAUAAGGCGAGGACCUUGGAAGUGUAGAAACAAAGGUCUCUUUCUUCCAGGACUGCUGUUCCUCCUUCAAUCUGCAUCAGCUUGUCCGAGCUCAGAAUUCUAAAGGCUGCUGAAAAUGUGUUGGGAUUACAGCAGGAGCCGUUUUCUAGACCAUGGUGUCUCCAUCACAAAGAGGACCGCGGAUUCUUUCUGUGGCUGCUGGUCUGGGAAGUCCUUCAGGGAUCUGCAUGGAGCAGAUCAUCCUGAUGAAGGCGUGCCCUUCUGACACCUAGGCUAAGCUGUUAGGUGUGGUCCAAGCGGCUUGCUUCUCCUUCUGCCGUGGGUUUCAUCUUGGAUGUCAUCAUGAUUUCACAAGGCAUACUUGGUCAGGAGUAAGAAAGCUUCCUGCCAGAUAAGCAGCGGAACCCGAGGACUGGCCUUUCCAGGCCUAUUGAGACACAGUGUGCUGACCCUGGGGUCAGGAGGCGGCUGGCAGUGUGACCACCUUUUUAAUGUGUGUGUUUGUGCUUCUGGUGGUUCCUCUUGCAUUCUGACUUUUCUCCAUCUAUUUUACGUUGUGAGGUGGGAGCACAGUUGUCACCCAGACCACGGGUCCAGCUAUAGUCAGUUUGCCACCUCCUUAGCAGGAAAUGCAUGUGGGUCUUCCUGGGUCUUCAGUGAAGAAAGGCUGGACUCAGACUUUUCCUCAUAGGAGAGAUUAUGGAUGCAAGCCAGACUAGAUCCGUUCUUUUCAGGAUAAGGCUGGUAUUAUUAAAAGUGAUGAUUUUGAUGUUGAAUUUAA